AUGUUACUCUUGACUUUGAUAUCAAUUUGUUUAGCUACAGACCGUCAGGCCGAGUUGUUGAAACCAAUUAUGUCAUUAUGUGCACAGAAAAAGUAUAGCUCUGCGUUUGCUUCAUACAAAAUGCUCUUUCAAAAGAGUUACAAUACACAGAGCGAGGAAUUAAGACGUCUUGCAAUUUUUGCCGACAAGUCUCGUUUUAUUGCGGAGUUCAACACACAACGCAAGUCAUCCAACGACGCACUUUUAGGAUUGAACAACCUUUCUGACUUGACUACUGACGAAUUUGCUCGUAUAUACCUUGGUGGGAAGAAGCCAUCCCCCGUUACCAACACACUUCCCAGUCAAACAGUUGCAGAACAAAAGACAACUGUGUAUAAAAGUAUUCACAAGAAAGAAUCGACAUUGCCCAAUCUAUUCACUCUUUGUGGGUCUUACACAGCUUUCAACACAGAAAGAGAUGGCAAAGACAACCAUUGCUAUAGUGGUAUCAACCAAAAUUUAUGUGGGUGUUGUUACGCCGCCUCAAUAGCAAAUUAUUUGCAGGUCAAACAUCAUAUCAACAACGGUGAAGUUGUACAGUACUCCCCACAACAGUUCAUUGACUGUACUGGUGGAAAUUCUAAAGCGUGUUGUGGCGGGUUUUCGUAUGAUGUUCUGGACUUCAACAGAGCAUUCGCACCGAUGUCUGAGUACAAUUACAGAGACAGUGAAACCGAGUGCCAAACCAACUACACGACGAAAAGCAAAUUGUGUUACAAGAUCAACAAAGCCACACAAAAGUUGGUGGACUACAAAGAGUAUAAAAUUACUUCUUAUGCUGAAUUUAAACAGAUCAUAUAUGAUAAUAAUGGGGGUGUCAGUGGGGUUUACGUUCCUCUCAGUGGGAGUAUAACUUCAGUCUGGCAGAAUUACAAAAGUGGUGUGAUGGACUUAUCUGGAGCUUGUGGCGAUAUUAAUAACAACAACAUCCCAACAAAUCAUAUGGUUGAUGUGAUAGGGUUCGGUACUCAGUCGUCGGGAUCAGGGUCUCCUGACUUUAUCACAGUUCGAAACUCUUGGGGCGACGAUUGGGGAGAUCAAGGAACAGCACGGAUAUCAAUGGAUGCAGUCUGUGGUAUUGGCGGAUGCGAUGGAGACAAAACUGGUAAAUGUCCACACCCAACUUUCAUCACUAUAAACACUGAAGUCACCAAACAAACAGGCGACCUCAAAGAGCAGUACGGCUGUUUGGAAGGAAAAUGUGACAAAACGAUUUGUGAUGGGAGUGAGUGUGUGUCUAAGAGCGAAGAAUUGCCACCAAAAAGUGUGGGUUGUAUGCAGUUAACAAUAGUUGCUGUGUUGGUGGUGAUGUUUUGGUUGUGA